AUGCCACGGACAUCCACGCUGACUCCCCUCUUGUUCCAGCUCACCGACUACGCCUUGUUCCCUCACCUUCAGCUCUUCACCUCGGCAUCGGAAUUGGUGUCUGGUUUGCUGGGGGCGGAUUUGACCGCCCUUCACCGGGCCAUGGCGGAGUUCAACGCCGCCUCUUGGCGCCGUUCUUCGGACUUCUACCGCGCAGCGAUCUGCUCCUUGCUGGAGGGUUCCGAGAUGGCCCUCACACCCCAGUUCUUGCCACAACCACUUCGAGCAGAAGACUGGGCCAACGUUUGCCGUACCUCUGUGCAGCCGGUGGUCAAGGUCAAAGUCAACCACUUCGCGCAGGACUGCUGGGAUCGCUGCGAGACGGGGGGCGACUGUGCUUGGUGUGGUUUUGGCCACGCUUGCUGCCGAAAGAACAGCACAAUUGAUCCGCCAGAGUGUGGCGGAGUGGUCGACUGGCCCACAGAUCGUCACCACACCUGCGUCAAGUCAGUGCGUCACGUGCCCGUCAAGCACGAGGGGCAGGAUUGCUACGAUUUCUGCAAAGGGGCGGGGCUCUGCAACUGGUGUGGUCACGGCAUGGCCUGCUGCAAGUAUGGAGAUAUCUACUCUCCGAACGAGUGUCGUGCAGUGGUCUACUAUUCCGCGCGGGAGCACCACGUCUGCGUGCAGCCCAGCUUCGAACAGCCGGUCUCCUUGCCGGCUUGGAAGAGGCCGGAAGAGCUGCCGGAUGACUGCCCCGAUGGCUACUCUCCAGGGCCCCUGGGCUGUGUUCUCAACGACGGCCCACGGCUGCAGACUUUUUAUGUCUACAGGGCAUUGGACGACGAAGAGAAUCGCACCUCCAACUUCAACGCCAUGAGCCUGAGUGGCCUCCUGUACUACGUGCACACCAGUGUACUGGGCUGCCCUCGAGCCAACGGGAUCACAAGGAUCAAGCGACUCCUUGUCACCGUCAAGAACACUCAGGAAGUUUACAGGAAGUACGAGAGGCAGUUCGCACCGCUCCUGUCUUUCCGGAAAGCCAGCGAAACGACCAAGGAGCUGAUCCUCCCCCACAAACAGCACUCGACCGAGUCGUCUGGCCUGCCAGUUCACGCACUGGCUUCUGUCACUUCUCAGCCGAAGCGGCAGAUUCCCUUGUGGAUGCGGUGGCGUAAGUUCUGGGGUGUGCUCACGAUCAUCAUCGCGAUUGUCGGCGUCAGCAUUUACAACCUGAAUGCCUCGGACGCUUCCCUGCUGCGAAAUGCACGCCAGUCUGUCAACUACCUUGCGGAAAGGCAGGCUGCCGACAUCACCCGUCAACUGCGUACAUCUGUCAGCAGCCUUCAAGCACUUGAUGGAAUUCUACAGAUCGAUCGGUGCAGCUCGGGCAUCGCAGACUUUGAUAGACUGGCAAUGACCCUAAUCGACACUUACAAGGGCAUCUCCAAUUUGCAGUUAGCACCCUUUGGAACACUCCAGCACAUCUAUCCUUUGGUGGAUUCAACCCAAGACAAUCGCGGUGCAUUGGGACUCGCACUUCUGCUGGAGCCAGCCCGCGCUAGUUUUGCACUCGCUUCCAUAAAGGCAAGAACCACCCAGGUAAGCGGGCCGCUGCGGCUCGUGCAAGGCGGGGUAGCUGCGAUUGCACAGCGGCCCAUUUUCUCGCGCUUCGCUCCGAAGUACUUGCCGGACGAGUGGUUCCUCGAUAUGGACGGGGUGAACCACAGCAGAAUCUGCUCCAUACCCGAGACACGCGACGAAGUGGAGUGCUCGUUUCCUGGUCCCCCGGAUCCGACUGGCGAUCCCACAUAUUUCUGGGGCUUUGUCAUCAUGCUGACUCGCAUCGAAGACUUCCUUGCUACAACGUCACUGGCGUCACUGGAGAGGGAAGGAGAAGGAAGCGUUGCCGGUAUCUCCCGGUUUGCCUAUGAGCUCUCGGAUCCAAGCCCACACCCUUCACUGGCAGACGUGGGCGGCAUAUGGCAGCGCUCCUCGAACACGGACGCGCUGAGCGACUCUGUCAUCGUGGACGUGGCCGUGGAAGAGUUCGGGUUUCGCUGGAUCCUCAAGGUCGCACCAAUGGAGGGGUGGCCGGUGGUGUCGGAAGAUUUCUGGAGGCAGCUCCUCUUGGUAUUGCCUCUUACAGCGAUGCUGGGUGUGCUUCUCGGUGUCUACAUCAUCUUCGCCCUGCGGAAGGAGGCGAUGAAGCUACAGGGCCUGGCAAGAUACCUCAAAGAGCAGAAGGUCUUGGCCAUCGAAAGUGCUGUGCACAACUUGAACACCUUUCAGUGCUCGAUGUAUCUCGUGGAGCUGGGCGACUUCUUGGAGAUGGGUGGGCUGGUCUGCCACGAAGACGCGCGGGAUGCCAAGAAGCUUUGUUGCUUUGAUCGCCCGGAAGAUGUCGUGGACAUCGCUCAGCUUUCUGGCGUGGUCUUCAUCAGCCAUCAGUGGACUGGCUUCGACCACCCUGACCCCCUGAACGUUCACUACGAGGCCAUACUUGUGGCCAUCAGGGGCUUGCAGCAGGAGGGCCUAAAGUGCGGCUACAUCUGGGCGGACUACAUAUCCAUCCCUCAGGCGAACAGCUUCCAGCAGCAGGCAGCCAUCAACUCCUUGGCGGUGUACGCCUCCGUGUGCUCGUCGCUGGUCUGCGUGGCUCCAAGGUGCAGACAUGCAGACACUGGUGCGGAGCUCAACAUGCACACGUACUGCGCCCGGGGAUGGUGUAGGCUCGAAGUUCUUGGCUUCAAGACUGGAACUUGCGAUACAGAGGAGAAGCAGCGGGCGGCAUUUAUUUGCGACGGGGACGAGCUUAGUCUCAUCACCGACACGACGAGUGACCUCUCUGAUGAGUUGAUCCUCCACGUGCUAGGGGGCUCGUUCACCUGCUGCAACAGGAGCCAUCCAGGGGGUGCGCUGUGUGACCGGCAGAAGAUUCGGGAUGUGCUGCUGGGCAUCUAUUGGAGACUCUUGGCGAUGAGGAGGGAUGGUGACAUGAACUGCGUGAUCUGGUCAGACCGCAUCCUACAGCUGGUGAGGACUGAUCCUGAGAAGUACUUCCCCAGCCAAAGUUGGUAUCGUUCAGAUCGCAUCGAUGAGAUGCAAGAGCAUUUCGAUGGGUAUCUGCCGAUCUUGCAAGUAAUGUUUGAGAAGGACACUCGGCUAGAACACGAAGAGCGACUACCGGUGUUUGGCCGGAAAACGGCAAAAAUGAUGGCCAUCUAA